ACUUGUUUGCAACAACUGGCCAGUGAGUGAACUAGGAUCAGCGGAAGAGGAUGACAUCCACGCCUAGAUGAACGACGAGGUGAGCGGACAUAACCUAUUCCACCGCUGGUCCUAUGUCUAUUUUGUAGCAAACUGUAGCGAAACUGUGUCAGUUCGGUGCACGUAUUUGAUACAUUGUGGCAUGGUGGAGCUUUCGGUUGGCGACGGCUACAGAAUCGAUACAUGUUACUCUGGAACCCACUGCCAGUCCCUCCCCACACCUCAUCUCCAAGUGGCUGUGCGUUUGGUCAGCGAGGGCGAGAGCGAGCUAAGGCAAGGCCAUGGAUAACCUGGAGGAGGACCUGACGUGCUCGGUGUGCUACGCCCUGUUCUCGGACCCGCGCGUGCUCCCUUGCUCGCACACCUUCUGCAAGAGCUGCCUGGACAGCGUGCUCCAGGUCUCGGUCAACUUCUCCAUCUGGCGCCCGCUGCGCCUGCCCCUCAAGUGCCCCAACUGCCGCAGCGUGGUGGAGCUGCCGCCGCAGGGCGUGGACGCGCUGCCCGUCAACGUCUCGCUGCGCGCCAUCAUCGAGAAGUUCCAGCGGGACGGGCAGCGCGACCGGCCGCCCACCUGCCCCGAGCACCCGCGCCAGCCGCUCAACGUCUACUGCGUGCAGGACCGCACGCUCAUCUGCGGCUUCUGCCUCACCGUGGGCCAGCACCAGGGCCACGCCAUUGACGACCUGCAGACCGCAUACCUCAAGGAGCAGGAUGCGCCGGCGCGUCUGGUGCAGCAGCUGACGGACAGCCGGUGGGCGGAGGUGUGCGGCCUGGUGGAGCAGCUGGAGCAGGAGAAGGCCAGCUGCGAGGGCCUGGUGCGGCAGGACCGCGAGGCCGUCGACCACUUCUUCCAGGCUCUGGAGCAGCAGCUGUGCCGCAAGCGGGAGGAGUACAUGGCGGCGCUGGACGCGUGCAGUGUGGAGGUGGCGCGCAGCUACGAGCCGCUCAUCGACAAGCUGAAGGACAUGAAGGAGGAGCAGCUCAACCUCAUCUCCUUCAGCUCGGCCGUGCAGGACGAGGAGCAGCCCCUGGCCUUCCUGGAGAAGAUGCACCUGUUCCGGGCGCGGGUCAAGUCGCUCACACAGACGCCCAUGCCCAAGGUGGUGCCCCUGUGCAUCGCUCCCCGCGCGGGGGAGUUCCUCAGGGAGCAGUGGGCCGACGUGACCAUCGGGGGGCUGGAGCAGGGACCCGUGCCUAAAAUCACCUGCCACGCCAAGGGCGGCUGCCUCGUUCCACAGCAGGCUCUGCCCGUCAGUGUGCCCAAGUCGUGGUUGGAUCCACAACGGCACGCACUCCCCAUCACCGUGUUGCUCAUUCUGGUUGCUGCAGCUGGGCUGUUUUUGGAUCCCUUUGGUGGGGUGUCCCUGGGUCUCUCCAAACUCAGCUCUGUCGGAGAGUUUAUUCAUCAUCACCUGCCCGAUCAGUUCACGUGGCCCUUUGACAUACAGGGACUGUUAGAUCUGCUCACUCAUGUCUCUUCACGCAUGUCCUCCAUUGCUGACAGAAUACACCAUACCUUUGACUUUCUACCUUCAAUUUUUCAGUAGCAAUCAGUUCCCAGGAGGACACAAUGGGUUUGGUUACUUUGGGAUCUGGGUUUUCUUUUGGUUGGUGUGGGAAGAACUGAUCUAUUGUUUCUUUUUGGAAAUACAUUUUUAAAAAAGGGUUCAAAUGGUCCAUAUUAAGUGAGUGACAAGACUGUCUUGAACUUGCCAACCCACAAUCUGCUUAUGGGACUACGUGUGAAGAAACGUUCCGCUCAUAAAAGGAGCCUGCAAGCAAAACCCUGAAGUGGGCCACACCUCAAGAAUACUUAAUUUAUAACGGACACUUUUUAUGGAAGUUGCAAUAACUGUAUGUUUGCAGAUUAUUUUGUAUUUGUAGUGCAUCAAAAUACAAAUAUGAAUGCAUGGCAUUGGUCAGGCAGGUUUGGGUUUUUUAACUGUAAAAAUUCAAGAGCACAGCUACUUUUACCCUUUCACAAUGCCUUUAAAAUAGUUUAUGGAAACAGAAAUCACAUAGUGGGACCUUAACUUUAAGGAAUGUUUGUAACACUACAUAAGAUGAUGUAAUAUGAAAUAGUUCAAGUCACUGUGAUACUUAGCAAACGCUUGCUUACUGCCUUAACAUCAUGCUGUGAAUGCACAAACAAACGAAUAACAAUAUUUUGAGUAAACACAAACGAACAUUGUAGAAUGUAAUAAACUUUUAUUUGAGUUAAAAAA